AAUUCCCACAUGUACCGUUCGCUCACUCAACACUGGAACUAAUCCGUACAACGGGCAAGUCACAUCACUCGCCACACCACCCACAGAGCACCACAGCUCAACACCAUGUACCUGAAGAGCGCCCUCCUCUUUCUCGCCGCCGCGACAGGCUUCGGCACCGCCAACGCGGACUUCAUGGUCUACACCGAGCCCCCAAUCCCCACCACGGCCAUCCCCUCAUUCGCAAACCCCUCCGACGCCUCGUCCUGGACAACAUCCGUCUUCCUUAACGCCAACUUCGCAUACCGCAGCUUCACGAGCGCGCUCGGCGCGCCCUACAAAUCCUCCUCGUCAUCCGCGGCAUCCGAGAUCGCGGCGUUCGUUGCCACGGCGAAUUACAGUGUCCCCGCGCAGGUGACGGGCAGCGGGACGACGACGUUUUUCGGCGCGCCGACGUGGUAUUCUGCGUUGCCGAGUGGCGCGCGCGCAUUCAAGGAGCAGCAGGUUGCCGACCAGUUUAGUAUUGUGCGGUCUGUUAUUGGGAGGCAGACGACGAGUAGUAGUACCGGGGCUGCGGGUCAGCCGACGGGGAGCCCGUGGGUGAGGAAGGAGUUUGGGGCAUUGGCUGCCGCGGCUGCGGCGGCGUUCUUGUGAGGGGGGAGCAUGAUGGAGGCGUGUAGGACCCAGCACUGUCGGUUGAAGCCGUGCGAGGAAAUAUGCAGAUCAUUCUGAUUCUAUCAAUUUACGCAGCGCACGCAUUGCUAGCUAGUUCAACGUAGCUCUUCUAUUUAGUACAAUCUAGACUGACGGCACCUCAGG